AUGGGUGCUAUGGUUGAUGAUGGAAAGCCAUUCGAUAAUUACAACCCACCAUCAUGGGAUGAAUUUUUCAUGCUAAAAGUAUAUCUAACAGGUUAUAAUGGAAUUCCCGAAGGCGUUGAAGAUCGAGAAGAACGUUUUAACCGUCCAGAAAAAUAUUCAUAUUUCGAACACGCUGAACGAAAUGCGAUAUUCACAGCAGCUAGACACGGAAUAACAACACACGAUGCAACACUUUAUACACAAGCACUGCCAUGUGUCGAUUGUGCAAGAGCAAUUAUUCAAAGCGGUAUUUCAAAGAUAUAUGUCCAUGAACAAUUUUACAAAUUAUGUGAAAGAGUGCAACGUGACAAAUGGCUGGGACAUGAUAAGAUAACAAUGGAAAUGUUUAAAGAAGCAAAUGUGGAAUUGAUCAUGUUAGAUUUAAAAUUGAAUGUCAAAGCGUACUUAGAUGGAAAAGUAUAUACAGUUUAA